AUGUCGUACGGGAAGCCUCCCACUUCCCUUGGGUUGCUGCCUCCUCGCUCUCGCUCUCUCCUGCGGAAUGCUGCGUCUCUGACUGCUUGGACGCCUUACCCUCGCAGCCCUCGUAGUCCCCUACGUUGCGAGGAGAAAGCUGAGGCCGUGGAGGCAGAGGACAUAGCGUACCUUUCUUCUGAACAUAUCAGCUCUGAACCUUCAACGUCUGACAGUGAAUCCCAAUCAUCUGCAAAGGCCCCAUCACUUUCUACUUCUCAAGCCUCCCAAUCGGACGGCGAUCGCUCUCUUGAUACACUACUGCGCAAGGUCUUUGGGGACGCGCUGGACGAAAGACUUGGGCCUGAACUGUUUGACUUCGAGCGCGAGGUCAAGAUCAAUAACGACGAGUGGCUCCAGUUAGUAGCUUACGUGCAGGAGUAUCCCGCCCUUCACAAGUUCUUCAAUUUCUAUUACGACUCCUCAUCUCAGACUCUUUCCAUGAACUCCCCGUCUGGGGCUCAUCAGCACAUCGUUAUUGAGAUAUGCGACUCGCAGAGGCCGCUCUUUACUCCCUGCAUCUUCGUGAUCAGAAACGUGUACAAGAUAACUCUGGGUGUCGAGCAGAUGAAGGAGCUCGCGGGGCCGAUCUUGGCUGCCCGCCAGACCAAGUCGACUAUGCACAUCCCGGAUAUCGUGAUCAAGAUAACCUACAUGGACGGCGAGUACGAGGUUGGGGUGAUCGAGGUUGCUUUCAGCGAGACGUGGAAGCAUUUCAUCGGACGGAUGCUCGAAUACCAACGUAUCGCCACCCAGGACGACGACCCGUUCAACUGGCCGGUGUAUAUAGGAGGCGUGAAAAUCUUCGAGCACACGAAGUUCAAGAGACCGAAGCUGACUCCGGGGGCCGGCUACGAUAAACAACGGCUGCAGUGGAAGAACCUACCGCUGACGGCGCUGACUGAGCUCCCGGAGAACGAGGUCGUGCCUGAGGGCGGCGAGGUCGUGGAAGAGGACGUCAACGAGGAAGAGGAUCCCGCUCCGAGCGAGUGCGAUUUCAUCUUAACGCGCCCCAUCAUGGCCAACAACCAUGUAUGGUGUGGCGAACUGUCAGCAUGGUUCGCGUUGUUCGAUGUUUCCAGGUUCCUAACGGACGACGAGCGUAAGGAGCUCAACAACGGCCUCAAUGAUGGUUUGAGUAUGGAGGAGUGGGCUAAGUUGGGCUACGUCAUACCUGUGCAGGAGAAGUACGACAACUACCCGAAGGACCGAUACGAUAUGUUCUGCGGACGAUGGCGACGCGUCUUCACCAGGGCGCGUUUCGAGGUGUGGAGGAAAGGCUGCGAGGACUGGGACUCAUUCAAAGAGGAUAACGACGAAGCGAACAUCUACCAGACGACAGAGGAGGUCAGGAGGGCGUAUCAGUUCACUAACCUUGGCGAGGAGUUGCUGCGCCAGCUGCGCCAGCUGCGCCAGCUGCGCCAGCAAGACGAAGAAGAUCUGCCAGAGGAAUUCCAACUCCCUUUCCCCGCCCUAGUCGAAGCCAUCCGUCACGGCGCGAAGUGCUGCGCGCGCAACCGGUUGCAGACCUUCAAAAGGCGACUCCCUGGAGAGACAGCGUUCAAUCACACUACGCUGGGUCGUGCCAACUUCAAGCCACCCAAGCCUGUUGCGUCGCUGACCGACGAUGCAUUUGUUCGCCGGAUGAGCUCACAAGAGGCAGGAAUGAGCGCAAGCCUGGCGCGGGUGAGACAGAGGGAGGAGCGCGAGGACGCCGAGGACGCCGCCGAGGAGGUGAACGCAGACAGGCGUCGGCGGCCUCGAAGAGAAUCGCCGCAGAGGUUGGCGUAG